AUGGUUGUUCUAAUAAUUGUUUAUACAUUUGUAGCAAUUGUUGUUUCUAUAUUCUUCAUCAUCUAUUGGAAUAUAGUUCGUCCAGAGAAGAGAAUAUACGAUGAACUUCGUAAUCAAGGCAUACCGGGCGAACCGUUCGUACCAAUCAUUGGUCAACUACCACAAAUUCGACGUGCUCGAGAAAAUGAUAGGGUUAUUGAGUAUCUGAGUGAACUAUUCCAGAAGCAUGGAAAUUAUUUUAUGUUUUCUAUGGGCCCUCUACCACGCAUAAUGAUCAGUGAACCUGACCUACUUGCGGAUGUUCUUGGCAGAGCACAUGCACAAGACUAUUUUAAACCAACAAUAUUUCUUACUGUCUUCAAAUCAUUAACUGGUACACGCAAUCUUUUGGUCAGAGAAGGAUUAGAUCAUGAGCGGGCUCGAAAAAUGCUCAAUCCAGCUUUUCAUUUUAUGAACCUGAAAUCGAUGGUGUCCAUCAUGGCUGAUCAGACAUCUAAAGCGAUUGAUCAAUUGCUAAUGCCAUCGGACGAAAAAUCUAUUGAUUUUCAGAAGGAAUUCAGCUCAUUGACACUGGCAAUUAUCAUAUCGUGUGCUUUUGGUACGGGUCUGGAAAAUAUGCCUAAUGCUAAUGAGAUUAUAUAUCGAUCAAUCUCGGAAAUUUUCGAGGCAAUUAGAUACCGAACAAUGCGUAUGAUCAGUCAAAUUCCUCUACUAGCACAAUUGCCUUUCUGGCGCAAACGUCUUAUGGAUGAGAAUUCCCGAAAAGUGUCCGAUUUCGUUGAACAGAUUAUUGCUGCUCGACGAAAAGGUCGAUCUGCUAGUUUGUGUGCCGGUGCCGACCUUCUCGAUUUGCUGCUCUCAGCUGUGGAUGAUCAAGGACAACCGUUUAGUGAUCAGGAAGUGAAAGACGAGGCGUUGACUUUUGUGGUAGCGGGUCAUGAAACAACCGCCAAUCUUAUGACAUGGGCCAUGUAUGUUUUGAUGACAAACGAAUCUGUAUUACGUGCUUGUCGUGAAGAAGUUGAACAGGUGCUGCCAAAUGGAAUGAUACCCAGUUAUGAACACAUCAACAAUCUACAAGUAUGCGAAGCCAUUUUACAGGAAACACUUCGUCUCUACACGCCGGUACCCUGGUUCGUACGAAAAAGUAUUCGCGAGCACAUCAUCGGUAGCGAUGGCCACCGUCAAGUGCGUAUUCCUGUCGGCACAACCGUUGCAAUUAUGACUUACAUGCUCCAUCGACGUGCUGACUUAUGGCCUCGACCACUCGAAUUUGAUUAUAUGCGGUGGAUGCGUGAUCCAGUGACUGGUCUCAAACCGAAACUUGCCCAUCCGUUCUGCUAUUUACCAUUCGCUGCCGGUCCACGUAAUUGUAUUGGACAAAAUUUCGCCUUGCUUGAAGCCAAAGUUAUGUUGGCAAUGUUCGUACAACGAUGCAAUUUUUCAAUCGAGCCCGAUCAAACAAUCGUACCCCAGAUUACUAUUCCGAUGAGACCCAAAUAUGGCUUAAAGGCUCGAGUGAUGAAACGAUCAUAA